GCGGAGCAGCAACCGGGGCUCGGAGCGCGCGGGAAGGGCGGAGGGGCGUUGCUGGCGGUCCCGGCGCUCCCGGCGGUCCCGGCGGUCCCGGCGGGGCGGGAUGGCGCUGCCGCAGCAGUGCGAGGCCGCGUUCGGCACCGCCGACCUGUACGGUGUGUUGGGAUUGCAGCGCGGCGCGUCCGCGCAGGAGAUCCGCCGCGGCUACCACCGCGCCUCGCUGCGCCUGCACCCCGACCGCGUCCCGGCCGAGCAGAAGGAGGAGGCCACACGCCGCUUCCAGAUCCUGGGCAAGGUGUACGCCGUGCUGAGCGACGAGAAGCAGCGCGCAGCGUACGAUGAGACGGGCAUGGUGGACGAGGACGCCGAGGCGCUGCAGGACGGGCGGGACUGGCUGGAGUAUUGGCACCUGCUGUUCAAGGUCACCGUGAAAGACAUUGAAGACUUCCACAAUAGCUACAAAAACUCGGAGGAAGAGCUGGCUGAUGUGAAGGCAGCGUACAUGAAUUUCAAGGGCGACAUGGAUCGGAUCAUGGAGUCUGUGAUGUGCGUCGACUACACAGAUGAGCCCAGGAUACGGGAAAUGAUCGAGCAAGCCAUCGACGCCGGGGAGCUCCCGUCCUACAAGGCUUUUGUAAAGGAGUCAAAGCAGAAGAUGAUGUCCAGAAGAAAGAGGGCAGAAAAAGAAGCUAAAGAGGCAAAAAAGACUAAAGAUGAACUGGGCCUUAGUGGAGAAAAUGACUUGCAAGCGCUGAUUAAAAACCGAAGCAGAGAGCGAGAAAAGGAAAUGGAUAACUUCUUCGCCCAUCUGGAAUCAAAGUAUGGGAACAGUACUAAGAAAGGAGGAAAGAAGGCCUCAGCCAAGAAAAGAAAGACAGAAGGAACAACAUAGACUGAAAUACCAGGUUUCACUUUGUAUGGAAAUGUGGCUUUGGAAGAAUUUCGGGUGUUUUCCGGGCUCCUGUUUCAGACUGUGUGCAUUGACUGGCUCUAAGUGGGAGGAAUGACAUAGCAUGCUUGCUGAACAGGGAAGACAAGGCAUUCCUGUGCUACUGUCUCCAACCCUUUGGGUGCCCUACAGUUGAGAUCCAUGUGUGCUAUUCACACAUUUCUUCUGUAACAAACCUCCUGCUAUUUUUAAAGGUCUUUGCACAUCAGCUCAACAGGUCUUUUUCAGAUACUCCUGUAGUUUUUAUAAAGAUAGUUUGGAAAAUUGCUGAUUUAAUAAACAAGAAGGUGGGAUUAUUUUCA